AACAGUCACCAGCUGCAAAACUACUUCUGAGGACGUAUACUGUGAAUUUCAUGUUAUUUGGAUACAUUUUUUAUCAACUUUUGAUAGGGCAGAACAGUGAAAAGUUUCGUGCCAAGGAAAAGGAGAAUUUUCGCAAUGCCUGUAUGAUGCAGUACUCGUGGGCAGUAUUACUCUUGUUUGGUAUGCUUUUUACCCAAACAGCGUGCCAUUCCAGAGGUACCUUCUGCAAAAACACAGUGUUGGGAUGGGACUAUGUAGGACAUAUGAAUGUGACUCGCGGGGGUUUCCGGUGUCAGAAUUGGACCUCUCAGACGCCAAACAGACAUUCAUUUGUUGUCAGUAACUUCCCAGACGCUACCCUUGAGGACGCUUGGAACUUCUGUCGUAAUCCAGACAACGACACAGGAGGACCGUGGUGCUUUAUCGAUGACGACAGAGCAGACGACUCUUGGGAAAGUUGCGCGAUCCCAAUAUGCGGAGAUACUUACUGGCACGGAAAUGAUUGUAAAACGUCGCACAUGGGAUUGGACUAUCAAGGAACAAGAUCUCUCAGUCGUGAGCUGUUUACGUGUCAGCGAUGGGACAGUCAAACUCCUAACAGUCACUAUCUUAGCGCUGACGACUUUCCAGACGCCUCGCUCUCUGCUGCAGAGAACUACUGCAGGAAUCCUGAUCAUGACACUGGGGGUCCUUGGUGUUAUCUUAAUUCCACUGAUCAUUAUACAUGGGACUACUGUGAUAUUCCAUUUUGCAGAAUUGAAGCCAACAAUAACACGACCCAGACUAUGCACAAGUGGUGUAAAGCCAAAAAUGAAACACAUGAGUGGAUGUGCAUUGACUACCACAGUGAUGCGACCACCUGGAACCUUGCUAAGAAAAAUUGUACUGAUGGAGGCGGAAAUCUAGCCCAUAUUCCAAAUAGAUUUACACAGAUGGGCAUCCAGACACUUUUGGCCUUUCAUAACAGCACACGUGUUUGGACCGCUUUUAAGGCAUAUAACUCAAAUGGCCUCCGUUUUAAAUGGGCCGGACGUAACUUUCCAUUGGGAAAUUACACCAAUUUCAUACACGUAAUAAAUCGGACGGGAUGCGGACUUUUGCGCGCCGAUAGUAACUAUACCUGGGACAUUACAAAUUGCAAUGAAAAUAAUCCUUUUCUAUGUGAAAUGUCUGAUGCACGUCCUAUUGAUGACGGAAGUCUGGGAUUUGAAAACGGCCCCUUCGCCGGGAACGAUUAUGGAGAUUCCGUGAUCAUGAAUGGCUCCUUGGCGGGCAACGGAAGUUCUGGGUUUUAUCCUGGGGACUAUAACGGAGAAUCUGGAAUGAUGAACGGCACCUUUGCGGGGAAUGACAGUUCUGGGUUUUAUCCCGGUGGGGACUAUAACGGAGAAUCUGGAAUCAUGAAUGGAACCUUUGCGGGGAAUGACAGUUCGGGGUUUUAUCCCGGUGGGGACUAUAACGGAGAAUCUGGAAUCAUGAAUGGAACCUUUGCAGGGAAUGACAGUUCUGGGUUUUAUCCCGGGGGGGACUAUAACGGAGAAUCUGGAAUCAUGAAUGGAACCCUUGCGGGGAAUGACAGUUCCGGGUUUUAUCCCGGUGGAGACUAUAAUGGAGAAUCUGGAAUCAUGAAUGGAACCUUUGCGAGGAACGACAGUUCUGGGUUUUAUCCCGGUGCAGACUAUAACGGAGAAUCUGGAAUCAUGAAUGGAACCUUUGUGGGGAACGACAGUUCUGGGUUUUAUCCCGGUGGAGACUUUAACGGGAGCUCUGGACAUGUUGAUUCGGGUAAUGGUCCUACUGGAAUAAAUGGAGGCGAUGUGAUGUAUCUCUUGCCAACUCUCCUGGAAAAUGGUAGAGCAGUAUGCUAUGAUGAUAUUGGUAAAUGUUAUGGAUUGCUUCCCUACAACUUAAGUUACGACCAGGCGUCUGGGUUAUGCAGCGUCCAUGGGGCCACAAUGGCCGUAUUGCAGGAAUACCAACUUGUUAAGAACAUAAGCACACUCAUCGCCUACAACGGUGAAACUAUGGCUUGGGUAGAAAGUUCAGCCUUAAGUUGGUCUGCGUGGUUUGACAGAGACAAUCCAUCCGGCAGCGGAGACGUGGAAACUCUGUCUGGUCAAAAUGAACUGGGACCCGUCUGCCCCAGUGGUUCCCCUAUUUCAGCACAGUGCCGCGUCAAACGCAGUGGCGCCAUCUUUACUACAACAAGUGGAUCACCACCAAACGUGCUCUCUCACAGAUGUACACCAACCGAGGGUCUUGUCUGUAAAAACUCUGAUCAAUCUGGUUCUGGUUGUAGAGACUACGAGAUCCGAUAUCUGUGUCCCAAGCCAUCUGCCCUAGAGACCGAAGGUCCUCCAACGAACGACAGUACUACGUCUCAACUCGCC